AUGAUGCCAGCUAACGAAGAUAAAGAGAAUAAUAUCGUAUAUACAGGGAAUGAAAGUUCCGGCAUUAACUUUCCACAGACGCCGGCUCACUUGCUGAAAAGGUCGCACUCUAAUAUUUUAAAACCACCUGUAAGAUUGGACCAACUCAAAAGGGAUGCGAACAGCAACAAUGGCAACACAUUAAAGUACAUACAAGGAGGGAAGGAGGUGUCACCCACAAAAAGGUUGCAUACCCAUGCGCAACAACAAGGAAGAUUGCCUCUGGCAGCAAAAGACAACAAUAGAUCGAAAAGCUUUAUUUUUCCCGAAACUUCUAAUCAGAGUAAAGAUGCAGACUUACCACAACUACAGAAUACACUAUCUAUACGCAAAAACGACCAACUCAGGAAACUUUCGCAAAUUUCUCGCAGUCGUAGUAGGGCCAACCAUAAUGAUUUGUUAAGCAAUUCAAGAAAGUUACAAAAGUACGGUUCUGUCCUUGGUUAUAAUGCUUUACCUAAAAUGAAAAGUCUAGUUUUAAAAGAUCUUGCAGAUUCAGGUAAAAAUGAAGAGAGUUCCGACGAUGAUGAAGGUAAUGAAGAUUCCGAGAGUAAACUUGGCAAAAAACUCCAAAGUGCACUUUUAAAACAGGAUUCCUCCGACGGUGAAAAUGAAUUAAAUGGUGGCCUAGGACUAUUUAAUGAGCAAGGUGGUCUGCAACAACUCAUAAAGAACUCCACGAAGAAUGAGCAAAAAACUAAAAACGAUAAAAGUGAUAAAACUGAUGACUAUGAUAUCGAAAUAGCACCACAGAGGCAGGAGCCGUUACCGUAUGUACCAGAAGGCUAUUCCCCAUUUCAACAAGAUGAUAUUGAAAAGCUGAAGACGUUCAACUCACCAUAUAAGCUUGACUUGGAAGACGAAGAUGACACCCCAGAUAAAGUUGAUUUACUCCCACUAGAACAAAUUGAUGAAGAAGGCGAAAAAGAUGAGACUGAGUGCAUCACUCGGAAUCAAGAAGAAGGUGCAGCGUUACCACUGCUGUCUAAGAACUUCAAAGAAGUUGCCGCCGUCCCAACCAUGGAGUUAGUGUACAGCGAAGAAGGCCUCGAUCCUGAAGAACUAGAGGACUUAGUUACUUAG